UGCAUCAAUCAACAAAGAAGAUAACGAAGAAUUAGCUGAUUCAAAAAAUGAUCAAACAGAAGUAAAGGUCAGUGCUUCACAGAAAAAUACAUUAGAACUUUUGAACGAUUUACGACAAGCUCAAAGCCAGUGGAUGCAACUAGCUAAAUUCAACUUACAGAUGUUAAUCUCAACUAUUAAUAGCAUAGUCAUACUGAUAAUAACUGCUAACAGAAAUAGCAGUGAUAACUAUAAAACAGACAAAAUUAGCAUUAAUAUCAACAAUUAUUAUUAUUUCAGUGAAUACUGCAGUUACCUUCAAGCAGCUUUGACAAUUAUAAUAAAAAGUGUGGACGACCCACGUAAGAUGAAAAAAAAUUAG